CGUUGUGUGAUGAACUUGAACGCCGCAACAGCCGCCGUCGUCCGUUGAAUCGCAUUUUCAGCCUCAGCGCCUAGGAAAUAGUGCGAAUCAAGAGCAGGAAGCGAUACCACUGUUGUGCUUGUUGUUUCGCCCGCUUGUAUCGCUGCUGCGAAAAGCCAAAGACCAAAGCGGUACGACUGCGGUACGAGGUCCCCCGAGAUCCCGAGAUCCGAGGUGUGGGUGCAGACAGUAGAAGCCGUUAAAUCAGACAGCAUUUUAUGUGUCAGUUUCCGUUUAGUGCGCUUGAGGCCGUAAAUUUAUUCAGAAAGUAGCAAAAAAAAAAAAAAAAAAGAAUAACCAACAAAAACAAAAUAAAAGAGGAAAAAGCAAACGACAAACGUGCGACGGAUUUCCGCGCCAAGACAGACACCAUCAAAACAAAGCUCCAGCAACAGGAAGCGGGCAAGGAAGUCGCCAUCAGCCCUGCCAAUUGUGCAGCAGGACGCGUGCUGCAGGAUUGGCUGCGCCCGAGUCUGCCACAGCAGCAACACCAGCGGCAAUACAGAAGCAUCACAGCAGCAGCAACAUCAGCAACUUGUUUUGUCUAUCCAUAAGUUCCUUUGUGCAUCAUGCACGACUCCGGCAAACCGUCCCCCACCACCGCGUCCAACACCACCAGCCCCACCAUCCCGCCCAAACAGCAGGCAGCGACGCCCCAGUCGCCGGCAGCGGCGGCGGCGGUCAGCGGACUGGAUCCGUCGGACGACGAGGACGAGACCGACGUGAUCGGCGACCUGAUGGGCCACUACGGCAAGUGGCAGCUGCUGAUGACGGUGCUGCUGUCGCUCUUCCAGGUGCCCAACACCUUCCACAUAUCCUCGUCCAUCUACCAGGCGGCCAACAAGGACUUCUGGUGCCAGCGGCCAGCGGAACUCAAGCAGAUGCCGGUGGCCCUUUGGCGGAACGUGAGCGGAUCCGUCGACAACUGCCAGAGGUGGGAGGGCAUCGACUGGAGCCAGGCGGGCAAUGAGACCGCGCUGCCAACAGAUUGGAAGAAACCCCUAGACAGAAAGCUGGUGUCCUGCGAGAAGUGGGAGUACGAGACGAACGACAACGUGGGGAACACCUGGACAUCGCAGUGGGAUCUGGUGUGCGAGAAGGAGCACCUGAAGAACGUGGCCGAGAUGUUCUUCCUGCUGGGCGUGGCAACAGGUGGCAUCAUCUCCGGCUACCUAUCGGAUAAGUUUGGACGCAAGACAAUGCUCUUCAUAUCGGCCGUGCUGCAGACCAUAUUCGGGCUGUGGCUCUACAUCUGCAGCUCUUUUGAGCUUUACCUGACUCUUAGAGCUCUUCUCGGUCUGGUUUCGGUAUCGGUGACUUAUUCGGGCUUGAUCCUGGCCAUCGAGUACGUGGAUGGCAAGUGGCGAACCAUUGCCGGGAUGUACAACCUGUUUCCACUGCCAAUCUCCUACAUGAUCAUCUCCGGCCUGGCGUAUCUCACCCAGGACUACCAACGCCUCCAGCUGUGCAUCGGAAUUCCGGGGAUCUUUCUCUGCUUCCUCUGGUUUGUGGUUCCGGAAUCGCCGCGUUGGCUGCUGGUCAAGGGUCGAAUCGACGAGGUGCGUCGGAUCAUCGAGUCGGCGGCAAAGUUCAACGGUCGCCAGCUGCCCGCCGAUUACCAACUUACUCCGCCGACGCAGGGGAGCAAUACGCAGGACUUCACCUACCUUUUCCGCUCCAGCUACCUGCGACGCAUCUCCAUCUGCUUCUUCUGCAUCUGGUUCACCAUGAACCUGGUCUACUACGGCAUUAUUCUCAACAUGAGCUCCUUCGGCGGCAAUGUCUACUUGAAUUCGGCGCUAGCUGGCCUAGUCGAAAUACCCGCCAUCGCCGUGGCCAUGUACAUCAUCACCAAGGUGGGCAAGAAGUGGCUCUUCUGCGCCACUUUGAUCUGUGCCGGCGUCGCCUGCUGCUGUGCGGCGAUCACCGAGGGGCAGGCGGACCUCCUCUGGCUGAAGAUCACAUUCCUGAUGAUGGGCAAGUUCACAAUCAGCGCGGGCAACACCAUAAUGCCGGUCUAUACGGCGGAGCUCUAUCCAACGCCCAUACGCAACGUGGGCGUGGGAGCUUGUAAUGUGGCCGCCGGUUUGGCCCUUAUUCUCACACCCUAUCUUUCGCUGCUGAACAAAAUAGAGGGUCACCUCCUGAUGACCCUGCUAACCGCCUGGAGCAUUUUCGGCGGCUUUGUAGUGCUCUUCCUGCCCGAGACCGCAGUGCGUUCGAAGGCAGAUAACCAGGCUGGAUCCAAUGCAAAUGUCAAUGCCGCCAAGCAGGUGUAAUGACCGCCAGUCCAGCCGAACCCAACCUGCUCAUCCCUCGAGGAACAAAGUAUUUUGGCUGGUCCAAAGUAUGCCGAUUAGAAGUCAGAGUAGAUCCCGCUGCCGAUGUCGCUCUGCUUCCCCCACUUAACCCCCAACCUGCCACGCCCCCCGACAUAUCCACCGCCUGAAGCCACCUUAAAUUCAUGGCAUCGACUCGAUGAAUGUCCAAGAGAAUUGCCAAUUCGCCAGAGAAUGUCACAUGUCAGGCAGGACCUUGUUUGCGUAGCGCGUAGUGAGUAUGUAUCUUAACAAUUAACUAACAACAAUGGCUUGUAGUUUAUGUCGUAGUCUAAGUACUGAACACACAACACCCCAAAAGUCACUCAAUAAAAACUCGAAGUAGCUUAAGUUCUUCGGUUCCCAUCGAAGCCAAUAAAUCUGAACCAACCUUAGGAAGGGCUUAAAUAUAGUUAGUUAAUCAUAACUUUCUUUAAAGUAAAUAAUUAAUUGACAUAAUUUUAUAAUUUUAUAAGAUAAUUUAAAAAGUCCUUCAAAAUUCAAUGUUUUUCAUUUUUAAUUCGCGUUUAGUUUCAAUUGUUUUAAUUAUUUUUAUUUCCUAACAAAUUACUGCUCCUCCCUAAGGUAGGUUUAUCAAAUCAACAUCUUUAAAAUUACCCAGUAAAUUACCCCAAAAAUAAGGCAUUACAAGUUCUGUAUUGCCACUAAAUUUAAAAACGAAUCAAUGUUCGCACAGACAAACACAAAUUAAGAAAAACCAAACUAAAAUUAUAAUGUUGUCAAUAUGUCUUGUCAAUAUCUCAACGUAUGCAUAAUCUCGUCGUCGUCGUCUUCUUGUUGUCUAUUAAUAAAUGUUUUUCAAAUACGAGAUCAAUAAGAAAAGGAGCUAAAUCUUCCAGAGAAAGGAUAAUGGCGAACUCAAGCGUCAAAUUGUAAUCUCUAGUAAUUGUAGUCAAUUAAUCCUUAGUCUACGCGUACCCCUAAACUUAUAUACAACAGAUCAGUCUCUAAGUAUCGGUCAAUUAUGGAUUUGUAUAUAUGUCUGUUUGUGUGUAGGGACACAGAACAUACAAGGAGUUUUACUGUUUGAGGUCAUCAAAGAUUAUAUGUAUAUGAAAAGAAGAAAAUAAAUUUCCAAUAUAAUGCAUUUAACAAUGUAUACAAUUAUGUGUAUAUGGAUAUGUGUGCGUUUGUGUAUGUAUAUGUAGUGAAAAGGAAAACAAUGGAAUUAGAAAAAUCAACCUGUUGAAUUACUUGUUGUACUUACCUACCAAGUUGUUAAUUGCUCAUUUGUGUUUUGUAUAAUUUUCCGUACUUUUAUUUCGCUUAUUUUACGUUUAUUUAUGUUGCCUAUUGUACUUACCCGCUAAGAUCAAAACAGCUUCGUUAUGUAUUUGUCAUAGGUAAGAGAUUUUUUUAAGCCUCAAGUAAACGGAUACCCGAGAAUCUAAAGCAAAAUUAAAUUAAUUGUUAAGUUGAAGUAAGAUUACUUGCUCGACGGUGUUGCGAUCAACACUUGAAAUAAAUUUAUGAAACUUGUUGUAAAUCAAAAUUACCAAAGCAAACGCAAUUAUAGUGUCAAAAUAAAAUAUAAACAAAUAAAUAAAUUGAAA